GAGCGGAUCAAAACUUGAGUAAUACAAACAACUCCGAGAAGUGGGGGAACCGAGAACGGAACAUUUGUCUUGAAAAUAUAACCUUUUCAUCAUUACACGACUGGUAAUGAGUUUCAUAACUCUGUUGUGAACGAGUCCCGAGAGUUGAGAGAGACAGAAGAGAAAGGAAGAAGAUGCCGCUUCUCCACAGAAAGCCGUUUGUCAGACAGAAACCUCCGCUGAAUCUCAAGCCCACCGAAGAAGUUUUUCUUUGCAAAGUAACCAACGAGAUCUUCAGAGACUACGAUGAAUUUUUUGAAAGGACUAUCCUUUGUAACAGUCUGGUAUGGAGCUGUGCUAUCACAGGAAAGCCUGGACUGACUUACCAAGAAGCCCUUGAAUGUGAGAAACGAGCCAGACAGAAUCUACAGAGUUUCCCUGAGCCCCUGAUCAUGCCCCUACUGUACCUCACCACCUUGACACGCCGCUCUCGGCUCCAUGACAUCUGUGAUGAUGUCUUCACCUACGUGAAGGAUCGCUUCUUCGCUGGAGAAACUGUAGAUGUAAUAAGCACAAAUGGAACUAGGCAGCCAUGCAAGAUUCUAGAGGUCCUCUCGCCUCGGCAGAAUGGCACUGUAAACGGGCACAUCAAACCCAAGACUGAGGGAGACUCUAUUAUCAUAAGUGAUGACAGUGAAGAUGAAGGAAAUACCAAAGCCACUAAAUCUCCAGCAAAUAAUGGGAAAAAGAAAGCUGUGAUCAAACCUUCUUUAUUUAAAUAUAAAGUGCAACCUAUUAAAGUUGAAGGAUGUGAACCCAUUAUUGUCAAGACUGGACAGAUUAACCGUAAGAAAAAUAUGUUUUCUCGUGAGAGACUGAAACUGCUAUUGAAACAACACUGUGAGCCUCAGAAUGGUGUGAUUGGAAUUAAGACUACUAGUAUUACAAAAUAUAAGUUAUUGGACCAGAAUUUCUUCUCCUUUUUCCCCGAUGAGCCACCAACAUUUGUGUUCAGCCCUGCAAGUAAAGGUCGAUGUAGACCUGCCAGUGGACAAACCUCUCAUGGACAUUCUGGCAAUGCCACUGAUGGAGAACAUACUCCCAGGCGUAAAAAUCAAAGCAAAGAUAAAGCCGCAAAAGAGGCUGAAAAGCUGCAGAAACAAAAGGAGGAAAUGAAAGCUAUGGCCCUGGAGAAGGCAAAGCUGAGACAAGAAAAAUCAGAUAAUUUUGAGGCCAAGAAGAGGGAGAAAGAAGACAAAGAGAAGAAGAAGGAGGAACUGAAAAAGUUGGUGGAAGUGGAAAGACUGAAAAAGAAAGAGGAGAAAGACAGACUGAAAGCACAAAAGGAAAAGGAACGGGAGAAGCUACGAGAAGAGAAACGAAAGUAUACCGAAUAUCUGAAGCAGUGGAAUAAACGGCGUGAGGAUAUGGAAUGCGAUGAUCUUAAGGAGCUCCCAACCCCCCUCCCGGUGAAGACACGUCUGCCCCCCGAGUUCUUUGGAGACGCCCUGAUGGUGCUGGAGUUCCUGCAGGCCUUUGGAGAGCUCUUCGACCUGCAGGAUGAGUUCCCUGAAGGCGUCACUUUAGAGGUCCUGGAGGAAGCCCUGGUGGGCAGUGAUCCUGAAGGCCCCCUCUGCGAGCUGCUGUUCUUCUUCAUGUCAGCCAUCUUCAUGGCGCUGGCUGAGGAGCAGGAGGAUGUGGCACGCGAGCAGCUAGCUGAGGCCGACACCAAAGAUCUCACAGAAGCUCUGGAUGAAGAUGCAGACCCAACCCAGUCUGCCAUCAGUGCUGUGGCUUCUCUUGCAGCUGCCUGGCCACAGCUAUACCAGGGCUGCAGUUUAAAGCAACUAGACCUAGACAGCUGCACUCUCUCUGAAAUUCUUCGGCUUCACAUCCUGGCUUCAGGUGCUGAUGUUACAUCAGCCAAUGCCAAGUAUCGCUACCAGAAACAGGGUGGCUUUGAUUCCAUGGAUGAUGCUUGUGUGGAGUUGCGGCUUUGCAACCCAGGGCUGAUAAAGAAGCUAUCCACCAUCCCAGUAUAUGAUCUGUUACCAGGCGAGAAGCUGAAAAUCCUCCAUGCUCUCUGUGGGAAGUUGCUGACUCUCGUCUCCACCCGGGAUUUCAUUGAAGACAAUGCAGAUAUCCUCCGGCAAGCCAAGCAGGAAUUCAGGGAGCUGAAGGCAGAGCAGCACCGCAGGGAGAGAGAAGAAGCAGCAGCCAGGUUUCGCAAGAAGAAGGAAGAAAAGCUGAAAGAGCAAGAACUGAAGAUGAAGGAAAAACAUGAAAAGCUAAAGGAAUAUGAACAAAGAAGUGGCAGAAAGGAAAACACAGCUGGGGAGGAGGAGCAGGAAGAGAUGGACACCAGCACUGAGAGUCAUGAGGGAACCCAGAAGGAAAUGGGACAGGACACUGCCACUGAGGACGAGGAGGAAUCUGAACCCAAGACAAGCAAGAAGAAGAAGAGUGCAGGACGUAGAGAGUCCCCCAAGGUGAACGGCACAGAGAGUAAGGAGACACUGAGCCCUGAGGAGGAGGAGGCCCUGCGGAAGGAGCAGGCGAAGAAGGAGGGGGAGCUGCUGGAGCGCAUCCAGAAAGCGGCUGUCUGCACUUACAUCUUGCCUCUAGGCCGGGACCGUCUCUACCGUCGCUACUGGCUCUUCCCUUCGGCCCCAGCCCUCUUUGUGGAGGAGGAUUACUCGGGACUCACAGAGGACAUGCUGCUGCCCAAUGACUCUGGGGCUGCAGUUCAGGGACCGACUUUGGAGAACAAAGACCCUCGGGACCCUGUCACCACCCCAGUGCGCUCUGGUCAGGCUACAAGCACUUCCGCCAUUGUCAACAGCACUCAACAGUCCUCCAAACCAGUGGACAAGCCAAACCUUUGGGCUUUCUACAAUUCACCAGAGCAGCUAGAGCAGCUGAUUGAGGCACUGAACACCAGGGGGCGGCGAGAGAGUGGUCUAAAAGAGGCUCUGCUGCAGGAGAAGACAAGAAUUACAAAGAUGCUGAGCAGCUGCCCCACACACAGGUUUCACAUUCCUGAUACGCCACAAGCUGAGAGCAAGCUUGUGUCUGGCAAAUCGAAAGGCGCUCAGAUUACCCAGAAUACUCAGCUGACAGCAGUGAAACACCUUGAAACACGGCUUAAGGACCUGCUGUUGGAUAUCGAGGACAGAAUUUAUCAGGGCACUUUGGGAGCAGUAAAGGUUAAGGAGAGACAGGCCUGGAAAAACGCUUUGGAGAGUGGCCAGUAUGAGUUGCUGAGCAAUGAAAUCAAGGAAAAUGGAAUUGUGGAAACUGAAAACGGUCAUAUGGAGGAGAUGGGAGUAGAUGAAGUGAACAUGAAAGUUGGCACAAAAGACAGGUUACUUGAAUUAAAGAGUGAAUGUCAAAGCACUGCUUCUACCAGCACCAGCACGCCACAGCCAGUAAAUAAUGCAGUGCAUUACCUGGCAUUAGCUCUAUCCCAAAUUGAACAAGGCAUUGAACGGAAAUUCCUUAAACCACCACUGGGGGAUGAAGACUUGAAAAAGGACCAAAAAGGAAAGAGAAAAGAGGACAAGAAAAAGAAAGAUGAGGACCAAUCUAGUGAAAAAGAUGAUGCCAGCGACAGUGGCCGUGUGCACAAGACGGUUCUGGACCGUUGGAGAGAAUCCCUGAGCUCCUGUUCCAGUCUGUCCCAAGUAUUCCUUCACCUAUCCACUCUGGACCGUAGUAUCAUGUGGUCUAAGUCUAUCCUAAAUGCUCGCUGUAAGAUGUGUCGUAAGAAGGGUGAUGCAGAGAACAUGCUCCUGUGUGAUGGCUGCGAUCGAGGGCAUCAUAUCUACUGUAUCAGGCCAAAGCUCAAGACAAUCCCCCAAGGUGACUGGUUCUGCCCAGAGUGCAGGCCCAAACAGCGUUCCAGACGGCUGUCCUCCCGCCAGAGAUCAUCAGUCGACUCAGAUGAGGAGCAGGGGCCUGAGAGCAAGGAAGAGGAGGAAGAUGAAGAGGAGGAGCAGACAGAGGACGAGGAGGAGGAUGAAGAGGAGGGUGAAUCUGAGGAUGAAGAGUAUGACGAUGAUGAAGAGAGUCUUCCAAAGAAACGUCAAGCAGCAGUCAAGCUGCCACUGAACACCAAAGGCGGCAAAUCUAAUACCCCCAGUACAGGACGAGGUUCACAGCGGCAACCAGAAUCUGGCAGAUCCACUCCUCGCAACCAGCAGAGCACCUCAAAACAGACCACAUCUACUGGCAAGGGUGGCUCCAAGAGCUCAGGAAAGAAAGGGAAGGCUACUCCAGCAUCUGAGAACAGGCCUCCCUCAAGGCCUGGCAGUCGCUCAAGCAGCAGGCUCAGCUUGGAGCUGAAGUCAGCAGACAACUCCUUCACAGACCUUUCCAGCUCUCGUUCUAGAGCGAGCAGGGGGAAGAAGACUGUGGAAAAUACUCCUGAAAGCAGCCCUGCAUUAUCCCGGAGCUCAAAAAACAACUCUUCUCGAGGAACCCAACCGAUCGUGUUGCCCCAGGAGAGCGAAGUGGAUCGCAGGGGAAGGAAGAGACAAGCAACAGAUGCAGCAGACCAGAUUGCCCAAGUUAAAGCUGUGGUACCGCCUCCAGUGCCCUCCAACAGGAGGAGUUCAGGUCGAAACUAUGGUGUGCACGAGCUGUCAGCAUGUGAACAACUUGUUGUAGAGUUGGUACGGCAUGAAGACAGCUGGCCAUUCAUGAAACUGGUCUCUAGAACCCAGGUGCCAGAUUACUAUGAUGUUAUCCAAAAGCCUAUUGCCUUGAAUAUAAUCAGAGAGAAAGUCAACAGCUGUGAAUACAGUAUGGCCUCUGAUUUCAUUGGAGAUGUAGAAUUGAUGUUCGCCAACUGUAUGGAAUACAACCCUCGCAACACAAACGAAGCAAAAGCUGGAGUCCGACUUCAAGCCUUCUUCCACAGCCAGGCUCAGAAGCUGGGAGUUCAAAUAAAAUCUGCAGACCAAAUAAUUUCUCCACCUACCAAGAGGUCAAGGAUGUAAGCCUUCCACAGAACUCUGACACUUAAUUCUGGAAACAUGAGCAUUCAGUAAAGAUAAACAAGCUCUUAACCCAGACUAAAGAAUCCCUUUACUUGUAAAGAGAAGGAAGUACAUAAGCCUCACAUCCAUCUCCACAAACUGACGAAGGAGGCUUGUCAAUUUAUUGGAGUUUUAAACUAAGUCAGGUGGUGGCAUAAAAUCCUCAUGCCAUUUUAAAGUCCUUCAUGAACUUGCUUUCAAUGGCCUUGAGAUAUGAUCUACACUGUAAUCUUUCAGUUAUUUCCAUUUACAACACUCAGGAGAUUUGCAUUUUGUUGUGAUAUUUUGGUUAUGUUGCAUAAGGUAUGUAUAUUGGUGGCAAUUCUGGACAUCCUGAUAUUUAAAGUACUUUUUUUUUUUUUUUUUUUGCCAGUAAAUUCCAGGUUUUCAAAAACUGUCUUAUGAUAUUCCAGUCUGAAUGAAUGUUUUUUUUCCUUUUGGUCUUCAGUAUAGUUUUUCUAGAUCUGCUUUUCAUAGCACCAUUUAUUGAAGAAAAUAAUAUUUGGUGUAUUUAGGGGAUGGUGUAUCAGGUUCCAGAGUCAAUGCAACACUACACAGAAAUGAAAAAAACUGCAUAUCCUUUCAAAGCUCUUUCUUGCUAAACCUCGUAGAUAUUUAUUUAGUGUUGAAUAUAAUUCAGGGUUUGAGAACCCCUUUUUUUUUUUUUUUUUUUUUUUUUUUUUUUAUUUAAAUAAAAAUGUUCCUAUCGAAGGCAGUUUGCCUUAGAAUUAUUUUCAUUGUUGUAUGAGCAAUUUCAAAUGUGCUUUCUGAUAAAUAAAUAAUUAUAAUCUAGGCUGUUGCCUACAUGGAAUUUUUGACAGAGGAAGGUAUUUAAAUAACUUGUUUAUACCAUUUUCUGUACAUUUUUUUUUUUUUUUUCUACCUGUAAAAAUAAAAACAUGGUUGAAAUUGUUUCAUACUUGUGGCUUUUAUUUACCAAUUCCAUAAUCUGCUAUUUUUAAAAAAGAUACACAUCUUUUCUAAAAUGUAAUGUGUUAAUUUCCUGUAAACUUCCUAGUGUUUUUUGUCAGUAUAAAACUAGUACAUCUGUUUAAUGUGGCAGACAACCGGCCCUCAAAAACGAAAUGUUUUAUUUAAUAAUGGACAAAUAUCUAAAUAGCCAAAUGGCUCCAUGUAAAAAUAAGGCAAGGAAACAAGCACUAGGUGGUAUAUUUGUUGUUCGAAGUCUAAUGGCUUUCUUUGAAAGGCAUACAUGAGUGCUGGUAAUGCAAUUCCCUUUGACUUCUAAACAGCCAACCGCAGAGCGGACAACAAAAAAUGUGAUUAUAUUUGUAAAUAUACUCAUGAUUUUUAUAUUUCUAAAUCAAUUAAACUGGGG